UCGAUAUUUUUCAUAUGGAAACACCCACCGCAUGUACAUAUGGAAAAGAUGGUUAAAAUACACCACAAUAAUAUAAUAUAAUAUUUAAAAAGUUUUUUAAUUACACAUUUUAAUGCCUCGUAACAAGUAUAUACAUUCUCAGCAGUUUCGUGAAGGAAACGAAUCAAAGUAAGCUCGAGCAGAGUAAUUGAAUCUAGAAAAUUGUUACUCAUGGCUAUUGAGGCAUGGUUGAUGGAUGAUACCAAUGAAGACCCAAGGCUUCCUCACCAUGGCAACCCUACGGAAAUUGUUUCCUCUGACCAAUUAUCAGAAUUGGGGGUCUUAUACUGGAAGCUGAAUCCUAAUGACUAUGAAAAUGAUCAAGAGUUGAGGAAGAUUAGAGAAGCCAGGGGAUACAACUACAUGGAUCUACUUGAUUUAUCCCCGGAGAAAGUUGAAAAUUAUGAAGAGAAGUUGAAGAACUUCUACACUGAGCACAUUCAUCAGGAUGAAGAGAUUCGAUAUUGUUUGGAGGGAAGUGGCUACUUUGAUGUUCGAGACAAAGGUGAUCGCUGGAUUCGCAUUUGGAUCAAAGCAGGUGAUCUUAUCAUUUUACCAGCCGGAAUCUAUCAUCGGUUCACUCUUGAUGCAAGUAACUACGUGAAGUUAAUGAGGUUGUUUAUUGGCGAGCCUGUGUGGACAGCAUAUAAUCGACCACAGGAAGAUAACCCUGCUAGAAAGGAAUACAUUAAGGGCUUGACUGAGAAAACUGGAGUUCCUCUUGCAGCUCAUUAAGGCCCUUAAAUAUGUUGCAACUAUAUCUUGUUUUAGACAUUAUAACUUUAUGGUUUGUGAUGGAACUAUUAGUAUGUUAUUGUAUAGAUUUUACCGUAAGAGAAGACCUAUCUAUAAUUCUAAAACAGAUCAAGCAUGGGAAGAAACUAUCUUAAAUAAUUGAGAGAUUCUUCAAGUUCACCUCUUCAUUGCAAA